AUGGACCGACUGGACGAGUUCCUCGAAGUCAACAACCGAAGCCUGCCCGUUCAGACACCGUUCCUAGCUCCAGCCAGCGACCGAAGUCGUGGUAGGGACGUCGUGGUCCAUAGCCUCUUCCCAGGAGAGUUCAACGGCUCACCACCCAACAGCAGAGAGGUCGUGAUCAAUCGCCUUUGCCCAGGAGGACUCGGCGGCUCGCCACACAACAGCAGAGAAGUCGUGGAGCCAAUAACAAAAGAAACAAAAGGGAAUGCGAAAGAGAAUAAGAAUAGAGAAAGUGAGAAAAGUAAAUUGAAAUUCGGAACGAUGGUUGACUUGCGAAACGACAUGCGAAAGAAAGAGACAGAUUUGCUAGCGUGCGAAGUCUCUUCUCCCGUUUCGCCACGUACCCCACCCCAACCUUUCCUUACGGGUGAUGCACUAUACUCGCUCCCACCAGAAACCCAGCCGGCACAGAGUGUACGGGAACAUGGUGUCCCACACGCUAGACCUCACAUGGCAAGCGACGCAACACUGGCACAUUUAGGUUCAUCACAAAUUACUAUUAAAAACUCUCCCAUCAUAAAGCCUGUUGAGCCUGAGCCUAAAAAGGAUGAACACCAUGAUGACAAGAAACCAGCGGGACACGAUGGUGCUAGAGGCCAUAAACAUGGAAACCCUCCUAAACACCCUAAACCCAAAAAACCCAAUGAUCACCAGGAACCUCAUGGCCCACCUAAAAAGCCUAAACAAGAACAUAAAGUAAAUCACCCUGCACCCCAUGGACCAUCUAAAAAACCUAAAUCCGAACCUAAAAAAGACCCUAAUGAACAUAAAAACAAAAAGCCUAAAACACCUGGACCGCCUAAACCAGUUGAACCACCUAAACCAGCUGAACCACAUAAACCAGCUGAACCACAUAAACCAGCUGAACCAAAUAAAGCAGCUGAACCACCUAAACCAGCUGAACCACCUAAACCAGCUGAAACGCCUAAACCACCUGGAUUACCUGGAACAGCCGGAUUGUCGGGACAAACCGGAUUGGUUGGACAAACCGGAUCGCCUGGACAAGCUGGACUGCUUGCACAAAAUGGAUUGCGCUCAUCAAAUGGAUCGCCUUCAACAUUAGGACAAAAUGGAUAUGGAACGCGAUCAGCAAUAGGACAAGGACAACAAUCUUUAACUCCCACGACAAUUGGAACGCCUACAGCAGCUGGAACUUCUGUACAGAAUCCACUUUUAAAUCCUUCCCAAUCUGGAGUGGCUGGACCAUUGGCAGCACAAAGAGCACAAGGUCUCAAUUCUGGAGUAGGUCAAGGUCAAACACUAGGUCAAAAUCCUUCACUGGGUCAAACUCAAGCACAAGGUCAAAAUGCUGCAGUAGGUGUAAAUCAGCAAGCCCAAAAUGCUGGACAAGGUGUUAAUGCUGCGCAAGCUUCAAGUUCUGGACUAGCUCAAAAUUCGGCGCAAGUUUCAAGUUCUGGACAAGGUAUAAAUUCUGCGCAAGUUCCAAGUUCUGGACAAGGUGUCAAUUCUGCGCAAACUCAAGCAUCUGGGCAAACUUCAAAUGCUGCGCAAACUUUGAGUACUGCGCAAACUCCAAGUGCCGCGCAAACUCCAAGUGCUGCGCAAACUCCAAGUGUUGCACAAGGUCUCAAUUCUGCGCAAGCUCAAACGGGACAAAGCACAACUGCUGCACAAGGUCAAAGGACAGGGCACAAAGAGCACAAGGUCUUUUUUUCUGGAGUAGGUCAAGGUCAAUCAUUAGGUCAAAAUCCUUCACUGGGUAAAACUGAAGCACAAGGUCAAAAAACUGCAGUAGGUGUAAAUCAGCAAGCCCAAAAUGCUGGACAAGGUGUUAAUGCUGCGCAAGCUUCAAGUUCUGGACUAGCUCAAAAUUCGGCGCAAGUUCCCAGUUCUGGACAAGGUGUCAGUCUUGCGCAAACUCAAGCAUCUGGGCAAGCUUCAAGUGCUGCGCAAACUCUAAGUGCUGCACAAAUUCCAAGUGGUGCACAAGAUCUUCAUUCUGCCCAAGCUUAA